ACAAUGACAACUGACAACUGGUGACAACCUGUUGGCAUAUGACAACAUAGCUAUAAUAAUCUAAGUUUCAUGUGAAUGUGAUUGUAUUCCAUACGAUAUCAUCAGUUUAUCAGUUCUUGCAAUGAUGUCUUACCGAUGCACUUUGUAAUGAUGCCAAGUUGGCGUAAAAUUAAAUAAAUUAACUAUGAUUUUGAACGAUAGUAAUGGUGUUUAUUUGGAAGAGAAAGUGUCGUGUGAAAUCAGAGAGUGGCCUUCAAUGAUGUGGAAGAAGUGUAUUGUGCAAGCAACGGCGACUGCCCGGAGAGUGCGCAGUGCCUGUGUACUGCAGGCCGCUGGCGCUGCGCUGCUCGUCCUCAUCGCCGCUGGCGCGCUCGCCGGCGCCGCGGCCGCCGACCUGGUGAUCGAGAUACCGGCGUCGGGCGUGGGCGCGGGCGGCGAGGCGGCGGGCGCGCGCUAUCGGCUCGACUACACGCCGCCACAGGGCUCCCCCGAGCCCAACUUCACGGUGCCGGCGCAAGCGUCCACCAUCAACUUCCGCGGCUUGCCAGGCACCAAGUAUCACUUCAUGCUUUACUAUUCCAACGCCACCUUCGCUGAUUUGCUCACAUGGAACCAGACCAUCAUCACCGCUCCGGAGCCGCCCACCAAUCUAACAGUGACGCAGGGCCGCAACAAAAAGACCAUCAUUACCUGGUCGCCGCCUGCGCACGGAGAUUACACCGGCUUCCGAUUCAAGGUGAUACCGCUGACGGACGCGCGCGAGGGCGCCCGCAACAUCACAGUGGAGGGCGGCAACGGGAGCUACGCCGUACGCGACCUCGCGCCCGGCGCCACCUACCAGCUGCACGCCUUCACGCUGCUGCACGACAAGGAGAGUGCCGCCUACGCCUCGCGCAACUUCACCGUCCGCCCCAACACGCCGGGCAAGUUCAUCGUAUGGUUCCGCAACGAGACCACGCUGCUGGUGCUGUGGCAGCCGCCCUACCCGCCCGGCGCCUACACCCACUAUAAAGUGUCGAUCGAGCCGCGCGACGCCCGCGACUCGGAGCUGUACGUAGAGAAGGAGGGCGAGCCGCCGGGGCCCGCGCAGGCCGCGUUCAAGGGUCUGGUGCCGGGGCGCGCCUACAACAUCUCCGUGCAAACGGUGUCGGAGCCCGAGGUGUCGGCGCCCACCACUGCGCAGUACCGCACCGUGCCGCUGCGCCCGCGCAACGUCACCGUGGACGCCCGCGAGCUGCGCGAGACCUCCUUCCGCGUCUCGUGGCUGCCGCCCGCGGACCACAGCGAGUUCGAGAAGUACCAGGUGUCGGUGGCGCUGGCGGAGAGCGGGGGCGGGGGCGGAGGCGGAGGCGGAGGCGGGGGCGGGGGCGGGCGCCGCAUCGCGCCGGUGGUGCGCGCGCGCGACGACCCCACCACGGCCACGUUCGAGGGUCUGGAGCCGGGCGGGCACUACACCGUCACCGUGAAGACCAUGUCGGGCAAGGUCACCUCGUGGCCCGCAGCCGCUGACUUCACGCUCAAGCCGCUGGCAGUGCGCGGGCUGGGCUGGCGCAACGCGGCCGCCGGCGACGCCCUGCUGCUCUGGUGGCAGCCCGCCGAGGGCAGCUCCCAGGACGAGUACAAGGUGUCGUACCACGAGACGGGCCCCUCGCACGACGACAGCAACGCGCUCACCACGGCCGCCACCAACGUGACGCUGGAGGGUCUGCUGCCGGGCCGCAACUACACCAUCUCGGUGUGUGCGGUGUCGCGCGGGGCGGAGUCCAACGAGACGGUGACGUGGGCGGCGCGGCGGCCGCUGGCGCCCGCGCUGCAGACGGCGGCGGCGGAGCGCGGCGCCCUGCGGCUGGCGUGGCGCGCUGACGUCACGUCGCGUCAGCAGGGCUACAGGCUGCGGUACCGGCGCCGCGCCGCAGACGAGCCCUCCCGCACGUUAGAGACGCGCGAUACGAACGCGACACUGCAGGAGCUGGUGCCCGGCGCCGUGUACGAGAUCCAGCUGGCGGCGCUCAGCCACGGCCUGCUCAGCGAGUGGAACAGCGUGCUGGAGCCCGUGCGGCCCCUGCCGGCGGAGUGGCUGGAGGUGAAGCGCGCGACCUCCAACUCUGUGUCGGUGCGGUGGCGCGGCCCCGACGCCGGCGUCGUCGGCUCCUUCGCGCUGCGUUACCGCACGCAGGAGCCGCCGCACGCCGCCUGGACCCCGCUGACGCCCUUCCCGCCCUCUCAAAACUACGCGGAGAUCACGAACAUGACCCACGGCGAGCGCUACACCAUCGAGCUGGACACGGAGAGCGAGGCGGCCGAGCACAAGGCCGUGCCCAGCGGCCGCCCGCUCAGCGCCGAGCACACCGUCCGGCCCAACCCCGUCUCCAACGUGGAGCAGUUGGCCGACACGCUGAACAUGACGCUGGAGUGGCCGCGCCCCGCCGGCCGCGUCGAGUGGUACGAGCUGCGCUGGUGGCCCGGCGGCGACGAGCCCGAGGCGGAGGCGGAGGUGGAGGCGGAGGCGGAGGCGGAGGCGGGCGCGGGCGCUCGCAACAUCAGCGCGGGGUUGGAGCGGCGCGUGCGUGCGGCGCUGACGGGGCUGCGGCCGGGGCGGGGCUACAACGUGUCCAUUGCGGCGCACUCCUACAACCUCACCAGCGACCUCUUCACAAUGCACGCGCGCACAAGACCGGUCAUACAGUCGGAGAUGAUCGUGAACGAGUCGAGCCGGCCCGAGGCCGACGACAACGAGACCGUGUCCGCGGACCUGCGCGUGGUGUACACGCGCACGCCGGCGGCCGCGUCGCGCUUCGACUCGUACCGGUUCCGGCUGGAGGGCGCGGGCGAGCCGGCGCGCACGGCCGAGCGCGCGGCGCACGAGCCCGCCGCCGACUCGCACGCCGUCGACUUCCGCGGCCUCGUGCCCGGCCGCCUCUACAACCUCACCAUGUGGACCGUCAGCCGCAACGUCACCUCGCACCCCGUGCAGCGCCAGGCCCGUCUCUACCCGCGGCCGGUGACGGAGCUGCGCGCGACGGAGGUGGGCGCGCGGCACGUGGCGCUGGCGUGGGCGCGCCCGCCCGGCGACUUCACCGACUUCGAGGUGCAGUACCUGGCGGCGCCCGACCAGCUGCAGGCGGUGCGCACGGAGCGCCUGCGCCUCAACCUCACCGCGCUGCAGCCGCACACCGACUACACCUUCACAGUCGAGGUGCUGUCGGGCACGCCGGCCACCAUCCUGACGCGGUCUCGCGCGCGCUCCCUGGCCGUGCGCACGCGCGAGGCGCCUCCGGCCGCGCCCAGCUCCUUCGCGCCCAGCGACGCGCGCCCUAACGAGCUCACCUUCGCCUGGAGCCUCCCGCCCGCCGAGCGUCACGGCGUACUGCGCCGCUUCGUCCUCGCCUACUGGCCGCGCGACCGCCCCGACCACCUCCGCACGCUGCACUUCCCGCCCGACGCGACUGGCGGCAGCGUGGCGGGCCUGGUGCCGGGCGUGACGUACGAGUUCGAGCUGCGCGGGGAGUCGGGCGCGGGCGUGGGCGCCGCCGCGCGCUGGAGCCAGCACAUGGCCAUCGCCGCGCCGCCGCGUCCGCGACACGACGCGCUGCCCGCCCCAGUCGCCCGCACCAGCUCCACGGUGGCGGUGCGUUUCCGCGCGGACUACUUCUCGGCCGCCAACGGCAACGUGACUGCGUACACGCUGGUGGUGGGGGAGGAGCCGCGCAACGACACGCCCGCACGUCUGCCCUCCUGGCGCGACGUGCACCGUCUGCCGCUGUGGCCGCCCUACCAGGUGACGGAGCCCUACUACCCGUUCCACGCGUCCGCCGUGGAGGAGUUCACGAUCGGGUCUGAGCGGUGCGAGGGCGGAGGGCGCGCCUACUGCAACGGCCCGCUCAAACCCAACGCGAGAUACUACGUCAAGCUGCGCGCCUUCACCGCGCCCGACAAGUUCACCGACACCGCCUACACGCAGGUCUUCACCGAGGCGGACAACACAGCGUGGAUCGCGGGCGGCGCGGGCGCGGCGCUGGCGGCGCUGUGCGGCGCUGCGGGCGCGCUGCUGCUGCGUCGGCGUCGCGCGCGUCGUGCUGCGCCCGCGCACUGCCCGCCCGCACCCGUCGCCUCGCGCCCCGUGCGCGUCUCCGAGUUCAUUGAUCACUAUCGCCUCAUGUCCGCGGACUCCGACUUCAGGUUCAGCGAGGAGUUCGAGGAGCUGAAGCACGUGGGGCGCGAGCAGCCGUGCACCGCGGCAGACCUGCCCUGCAACCGCCCCAAGAACCGCUUCACCAACAUCCUGCCGUACGACCACUCGCGCUACAAGCUGCAGCCCGUCGACGACGAGGAGGGCUCCGACUACAUCAACGCCAAUUACGUACCCGGACACAACUCUCCGCGCGAGUUCAUCGUGACACAGGGGCCGCUGCACUGCACACGCGACGACUUCUGGCGCAUGUGCUGGGAGUCGGGGUCGCGCGCCAUCGUGAUGCUGACGCGCUGCGUGGAGAAGGGCCGCGAGAAGUGCGACCGCUACUGGCCCUACGACACGCGGCCCGUCUACUACGGCGACAUCGCCGUCACCGCGCUCAACGAGAGCCGCUACGCCGACUGGACCGUCACCGAGCUGGCGGUGUGUCGCGGCGCGGAGCAGCGCGUCCUCAAGCACUUCCACUUCACCACCUGGCCCGACUUCGGCGUGCCCGACCCGCCCACCGCGCUCGCCAGGUACCCGCACCCCGCACCCCACACCCCGCAUCCCACACCCCGCACCCCACUUCACCACCUGGCCCGACUUCGGCGUGCCCGACCCGCCCACCGCGCUCGCCAGGUACCCGCACCCCGCACCCCACACCCCGCAUCCCACACCCCGCACCCCACUUCACCACCUGGCCCGACUUCGGCGUGCCCGACCCGCCCACCGCGCUCGCCAGGUACCCGCACCCCGCACCCCACACCCCGCAUCCCACACCCCGCACCCCACUUCACCACCUGGCCCGACUUCGGCGUGCCCGACCCGCCCACCGCGCUCGCCAGGUUCGUGCGCGCGUUCCGCGAGCGCUGCCCGCCCGACAGUCGGCCCGUCAUCGUGCACUGCAGCGCCGGCGUCGGCCGCUCCGGCACCUUCAUCACGCUGGACCGCGCCCUGCAGCAGCUGGCGGCGCACGCGGAGUACCUGGACAUCUUCGGGAUGGUGCACAGCAUGCGGCGCGAGCGCGUGUGGAUGGUGCAGACGGAGCAGCAGUACAUCUGCAUCCACCAGUGCGUGGUGGCGGCGCUGGAGGGCCGCGACCUGGCGCCGCCCGCCGCCCACAACCACCACCACAACCCCGCCUUCGAAGGUAUGCCGCGUUCCUUGUUCAGUGGUUGGAGCUCGUCUCGUUGCGCGCUCAGCUCGAUCUUAGGCCAUUUCAUACUGAAGCCGGAUAUUAUAAAAUUAAAAGCCUGCUAAAUUAAGACACAAGUUUAUCUACGCGGCAAACGACAUUCCACAUGUAGAACUUUUAUCAUCAAUGGGGAAAAAUUGAAACCUUAUAAGUGGCGCCAGCCUUUUUUAAUAAAAUGUUUAAAAAUGUAUACUCAUUAACUGUGCAGGAUUUAAAGUGGAAUUCGGAUGGCGUUGUCUAUUGCUCAACUCUUCUUUUCUCGCGAUCACCUCUUAUAUUUAGUUUAUUGCAAGGCAUCGCUUGCGCAGCCUCGCUCUCGCCUAAUAUCUAUUAUGUUCGAUAAACAACCCAGUUGCAAACAAAUGUAAGGCCUGACGUACACAAGCCUACGUAAAUAUUCGAAACCCACCGAUUUUAGUCGCCGAGCGACUUACGUAAUACUAUGGUGGCGAACUUCGUACCUAGCUGUGAAGGUUAUCUGAAAAAAGUCGCCGCUAUUUUCAAGAUGGCGGAGCAAAUACUGUUAACAUUUUGUAAAUUCGUGUUAGCCGAAUAGUCGCUAUAUGUACCUGUACUGACCGAAUAUACGACUCUCAGUAACAAUAUUGAUUUCGAUGAUUUAUGUUUCCUUGUGUACGUACAGCCUAAAUAUUUUAUGAUGUAAUCAUUAACGCGGACAUUUCGUGAUAUGAAAGACCACAUCAUGAUAUGUCCGCUGCCGAAAUCCGGCCGCGACAUGUGCUUCAAUAUUAUAUAUUUAUGUUACCCGAAUCUAGUGACGAAGAUUAGCAUCACUCGAAAUAUAUUUUGUAAUCUUAUAAAGUGUUAAUUUUUUCCACUUCCUCUGUCAUAUUGUAACUGAUGAUUUGCAGUUAAUAAUUUAUAAUAUGCCCAGUGAGGUUGUAAACUUUCGAAGGACCCACAGUUUGUUGAUGACUUUACAAAAUCAAUUUUGCUACUUUGCUGGUCGCGCUGCCGCCCCCGCGUGAGA